AUGUCUUCUCUAACCCGUACUCUUCCUGCUUCCUGGUUCUGUAGCUCUCCUUUGUAUCAGCUUGAGCGGCGAGCCGUCUUUCUAAAGUCGUGGUACCUGCUCGGGCCCGUGACAAGGUUUCACCAAGUUGGCGAGGAGGUGAAAUAUGAAGUUGCUCAAGUAUCCUUGACAGUUUGUCGCAGGUCGGAUGAGCCUCGUGACAUCAGCAUCCUCAAUGAGACGGGCUCCGAAGUCAAGUCAUGUAUUACGGAGACUGGUCUAGUCUUCUCUACCAUCUCAGACGAAGCUCCACCCUUCGAUGAAUUCUUCUCUGAUCUGAAGCCGUUGAUAGGAAAAGUCGACUUUACGAAGCUGCCUCAUCGGCGCAGCAUCAAGUACGAGGGGAAGUUCAACUGGAAAACCAUGGUCGACGGUUACCAGGAGUGCCUACACUGUCAAUACACCCAUCCCGCAUUCUCGGUCUACUACCCACCGACAUUCUAUACCGUUUACAACCAUACAAACUUCUCUCAGCACGUUGCUGAUCCAAAGAAGCCAGAUGACGGUCUCUUCCUCUACUUCUUCCCCAACUGUACCUUGAAUGUAUACGGCGGUGGGAUGUCCUCUUUUCGUGUGUGUCCAACCGAGAACCCAGGCUUUACCCGCAUGGAGUUCGAUUACUAUCAUGAAGAGACGGGAGCCAAGUUCGAAGAAUACUUCAAAUUUGUGAGACAGGUUGCUAUGGAGGACUACGAGCUCUGCGAGAAAGCACAAGAGAAUCUGGAGAAAGGUGUCUAUUACGAGGGCAUACUGAACCCGAUCAAAGAGACCGGUGUGGCUUUCUAUCAGCAACGUGUUUUGGACAUGACACUUGCUCAGCAUGAUAACGAAACCCGGUUUCAUCCAGUGGAAAUGCACAAGACUAGCACUAGCAAGUUGGGGACGGCCACGCAGCUCAUCGACCCCGCCUCCUCGUGA